AUGCAGUGCGUGAAGGUGCUUGGAGGGGUGCUGGGGGCCGCUGCCCUCUUGGGGCUGGGGAUCAUCCUGGGCCACUUUGCCAUCCCCAAGGGGACUGACCUGCCAGCCCCCAGUGCCUCAGCCUCCCAGGACCUGGACCUGGAGAUCCUUGAGGCUGUCAUGGGACAGCUCGAUGCCAACAGAAUCCGGGAGAAUCUUAGAGAACUCUCCAAGGAGCCGCACCUGGCCACCAGCCCCCGGGAUGAGGCGCUGGUGCAGCUGCUACUGCAGCGCUGGCAGGACCCGGAGUCGGGCCUGGACUCAGCCGGGACCUCUGAGUACGAAGUGCUGCUGUCCUUCCCUAGCCAGGAGCAGCCCAACCGUGUGGAUGUUGUGGGUCCUGCUGGGGACAUCCUCUUCUCCUCCCAACGAAGUGAAGAGAACCUGACUGGGGAGCAGGGGGACCCCAAUGUGGUGCCACCGUAUGCUGCCUAUGCUCCCCCCGGAACCCCGCAGGGCCUCCUCGUCUAUGCCAACCGGGGCUCGGAAGAAGACUUCAUGGAGCUAUACCAUCAGGGCAUCAAACUCCAAGAUAGCAUCGUCCUGACCCGCUAUGGGGGUGUAGGGCGCAGGGCUAAGGCUGUGAAUGCUGCCAAGUAUGGGGUGGCUGGGGUGCUGGUGUACACGGACCCUGCAGAUAUCAACGACGGGAAAAGCUUGCCGAACGAGACCUUCCCGCACUCCUGGGGCCUUCCUCCCUCGGGGGUGGAGCGAGGCUCCUACUUUGAGUAUUUUGGGGACCCCCUGACUCCUUACCUUCCAGCCAACCCCUCCUCCUUCCGCCUGGACUCUGACAAUGCCUCAGGAUUUCCCCCAAUUCCCACUCAGCCCAUUGGCUUCAAGGAUGCAGAAGUCCUUCUCUGCAACCUCCAGGGAACCUCAGCCCCGGCUGCCUGGCAGGGAGCCCUGGGCUGCGACUACAAGCUGGGGCCCGGCUUCCGUUCUGAUGGUAUCUUCCCAGCAGGCAGCCAGGUGAACGUGAGUGUCUACAACCGCCUGGAGCUGCGGAACUCCUCCAACGUCCUGGGGAUCAUCCGCGGGGCCGUGGAGCCUGACCGCUACGUGCUGUAUGGAAACCACCGGGACAGCUGGGUUCACGGGGCCGUGGACCCCAGCAGUGGCACUGCUGUCCUCCUGGAGCUCUCCCGCGUCCUGGGGACUCUGCUGAAGAAGGGCACCUGGCGUCCCCGAAGAUCAAUCGUGUUUGCGAGCUGGGGGGCAGAGGAGUUUGGGCUCAUCGGCUCCACAGAGUUCACGGAGGAGCUCUUCAGCAAGCUGCAGGAGCGCGCCGUAGCCUACAUCAACGUGGACAUCUCGGUGUUUGCCAAUGCCACCCUGAGGGCGCAGGGGACGCCCCCGGUCCAAAGCGUCAUCUUCUCUGCAACCAAACAGAUCCCCGCACCAGGCCCCAGCAGUCUCAGCAUCUAUGACAACUGGAUCCGAUAUUCCAACCGUAGCAGCCCGGUGUACGGCCUGGUCCCCAGCCUGGGCACUCUGGGUGCGGGCAGCGACUACGCACCCUUCAUUCACUUCCUGGGCAUCUCCUCCAUGGACAUCGCCUACACCUAUGACCGGAGCAAGACCUCAGCCCGGAUCUACCCUACCUACCACACAGCCUUUGACACCUUUGAUUACGUGGACAAGUUUGUGGACCCUGGUUUCCGCAGCCAUCAGGCCGUGGCCCAGACCGCGGGUAGUGUGCUUCUCCGGCUCAGUGACAGCCUCUUCCUGCCUCUUAAUGUCAGUGACUACAGCGAGACCCUCCGCAGCUUUCUGCAGGCUGCCCAGCAGGACCUUGGUGGCCUGUUGGAGCAGCACAACAUCAGCCUGGGACCUCUGGUGACCGCAGUGGAGAAGUUUGAGGAGGCAGCCACGGUGUUGGGCCAACACAUAUCAGCACUGCGGAAGGGCACCCCCGACCCCCUGCAGGUGCGGAUGCUCAAUGACCAGCUGAUGCUCUUGGAACGGGCUUUCCUGAAUUCGCGAGCCUUCCCGGAGGAACGCUACUACAGCCAUGUGCUCUGGGCACCCCGCACCGGCUCUGUAGCCACGUUCCCGGGCCUGUCCAAUGCCUGCUCCAAGGCCAUGAACACAGGCCCCGGAUCUGCAGCCUGGGCUGAGGUGAAGAGGCAGUUCAGCAUCCUGGUGGUGGCCCUGGAGGGCGCAGCAGCCACCCUGAGGCCUGUGGCUGACCUCUGACCCUAGCCCUCAUUCUUCAGCUCCCAUCCCCACCCUUUAUCCUAACCCUCUCCCACUCCAGUUUUGAGUGUGUCCCCGUCUCUCCUGAUGCUAGGAAAGGGAACGACCACAGGACCCUCUCAAACUUCUGAGGCAACAGUUCAGGGCCCCACCAGUGCAGACACUUGAAGGGAGUGACAAGCCCCAGAAGAAACGUUCCCUCUUCCUGGCUCUUGGUUGGCAGAGGGUGAACAGGAGAUAGGGAUGGUGGGGAUGGCAAAACCACCAACUGCUCUUGGUGGUGGGUGGGUGAGGAUGGGACACAUAAUGCCAACCUUAGAUGUCAACUCAGAGACCACCAGAGCUACUCCUCAGUGACCAGCGGGGAAACUGAGGCCCAGGGUGGAUAGGGCAUUGCCCAAUUUGGGUUCCUCUCCCCCCACGCCCCUAGCAUGUCUCAACUCCUCCCUGCCCUCCCCAAAUAAAUUGAGCCUAGCUGUUGUCCCUGCAAGACAA